AUGACAUCACAUUCGAAUGGAGAUACUCUAACAGGAGAAUUCCUUAUUCUUCCAAGCGAACUUAAGCCAGAAUAUGACCAGCGGCUGGUAUUUGGAUUUGGAUACCUUCCUUCCACCAAUGAGUAUAAGGUUGUUAGAUGCAGUUACACUGAGUUAAACAAUGUGUGGAAGGGGCAUGUGGCGGUAUACACUCUUGGCUCACAAAAUGGGUGGAGGGAAAAAGAAGACAUCCUUUACAUUUUGUAUUCGUCAGGUCUCUUUGUUAAUGGAGUAAUUCAUUGGAUUGGAAAAAUAGGCGAACAGGUGCCUCGGAUUGUCGCCUUCGAUCUGGCGGAUGAGAAGUUCAAAUGCGUCUCGACACUACCUUUAGAUUCUUUUACAGCAUUUGACACUUUUAGACUCAGUUUGUUAGGGGGGAACAUGUGUUUUAUUCACACUGUAUGGGAUGAAAGUCAAGACUGUGACGAAAUCCAAGAUAUAUGGGCAUUAAAAAAACGGGACAACAACGCAAAAAUACGACAACCUAGAGUUACACGAGAGUACUAUGACCACAAUUGGAGUUGGAGUAAGGACUUCCAUAUAGCAUUUGGAGGACCAGAGAUGUGCAAUUAUAAGCCUUUUGCAAUUACAAAGAGCAAUGAAGUUUUAUUAUGCCAGGAUUAUAGGAAACUAUGCAUCUACGACAGUAAUACAUCUACUUUAACUAAGCUUUGGGAUGGUGAUAGUAAUGGUUUUUUUAGGCCUUCAAGCAAUCCCUCACAUGAACACACUUGUUUCUUUAAAGAUUUAGGAGAGUGUUCUGGUGAUAAUGUGACUUCGGAUAUUGAGAGUUCCGACAGUAAGAUGAGUACUAGCUAG